GCAUUAUAUUGUUGUUCAACGUAAACAAAACAAACAAAAACAUUUUCAUCACAACGAGGAGAAUAUUGUCCAUGUGUAUAUAGUGGAAGACAAAAAAUAACAGAGAAACUAACAAUGUCAGGAGAUUUGAAAAUUGAGAAUAUAUUAAUGCAAGUGCGAAGUAAACUUCAGGAAGAUGGUGUUAAAUUGUGGUUAAGUCCGUAUUACGAGGAAAGCAUUGGACCUAUCGAUGAAAUGAUUGAGAAAUUGGCAACCGAUUAUUGUCAGGUAUUGAAUGUUCCAUUGAAUUAUUGUCAAGCUGCCAUUUCUGAACUGCAAUGCAAUGCCCUCGAUAAGCUGCGAGCACGAGCAGAAUUUGCUGAGACUGGCCUGGCCACAAUCAAAGUUCGCGCACCGAAUCAAGUCGGAGGGACGAGAUUAAUUACAAUUAAUGUGAAAUUGAGCGAAACUGGCAGAACUCUGCAAGAAUUGGUGGGAAAGGAAUUGGAAUUGGAAUGUCCGUUAAGGGUGAAACUAAUCAGUGCCGGUAGAGUCAUAAACAGUCAUCAGAUAUUAAGCGAACAAAAGUUACAAAACAAUCAGCAAAUCUUGGCCGUUAUAUUGGAAACAAGCGACAGUCAGGCUGUAAAUGCAGCAGAAAGUGCUGCUUAUGACCGCGUCCAGAAAGCUAGAGAUGAUGCACAGUUGUUGAUAAAUCAGAAACGGCACGAGUUUAUGCAAAUGGAAGAUCAGAAAGGCAAUGCGAUUCACUUGCCGCCGCAGGAACGGGCUAGCUUAAUGAUGGCAUUAGCAAUGCAUGAGAAGGCGAAGGUCGAACUGAAGAAGGAAAAUUACGCAGAAGCUUUGCUGUUGCUGUUGGAUGCUGACAAUGAAUUCAAUCAAUGUGGCUCUAACCUACUUCAAAAUGUGGACAAUUACGCUCUGCUCAAUCUAGACAUUGCUUGGUGUUAUUUGUGUUUAAAGAGCGUCCAACAACUUCCGGACGCUGAGAAUCGGCUUAGAAUCUGCGAAACUAAUUUUAAACGAAGCUAUGGUCAAGACUUGGAUCGAGUAAUGUUGCUGAAAGGGUCUACUGGCAACGAGAAAGCGUUGAUUAUGCGUCUACAUUUGUUGCAAGCGAUCGUUUUAUUUCAUCAAAAUCGACGUUUGGAAGCGCAGAGUCUGCUCAUGUUGGCCGAGACUGAGUUAAAUCAGUUGAAAAUCAGCGACGAAAGUGUUACGGCUCUCAUCGAUAUGGGUUAUACAAUGUCCGAAGCCCGCAUUGGUCUUCGUGCAUGUGGAGGCGACAUCGAUCGAACAAUAUCGUACAUAAUCGAGCUGAGGUCGUCUCGUGAAGAGGCACGCAAACGUACCCGCAAAGAACGUCGCUUAAUGAAAAAAGUGGGCGAAUCGAAAGAUAAAACUUGGAUAAAUCCACGCAGUUUAACGGACUUAGUUGAUAUGGGAUUUCCGAGUGAAUUAUGUGUCGCUGCGUUACAGUUGUCAGACAAUAAUGUAGCCGAUGCGGUGAACAUGCUUCAAAACAACAAAACUGCGCUGCAACAAAAAGUUUCCGAGGAUUUUAUACCAGACACAAAAAUCGUUGAUGAAAUGACGAAAAUGGGAUUUCAUCCGGAAAUAAUCAACAUGAGCCUUCGACACGUCAGCAAUAAUAUGAAUGAAGCGGUUGAUAUGUUACUUCGCAUGCAGGGAGAAGGAACUUACGACAAUCUGUUGACCAGUAUUUGUGGUUCUACUUCUGCGGCAGCCACAUCAACCAUACCAGCAGUCGCUAAUGCUGUAAAUAUUUUAAAGGCUAACGUCGAGGAGGCUACUGACGCCAUGGCGGCCUUUGAACGAUUUUCCGAAGGAGUGUCAGCCAACGAGGACGAUUAUUUAGAUUUGUCGUUAGUCAUGGAGGAGAAUUUCAUUGCCCAAUACAAGAAUUUUUUUUGAUGUGACUGUGUUACCAUUUUGAAAAGUUUGAUGUCUUAUUGACACGGUACAUGUUUGUGAAUACUACGAAAGAAAAUUAAAAUAAUAUGGAAU